AUUCAACUUAACAAGCUUCCUGCCAUCUGACAAUGCCCCAGAAGGAAAUUUCAGUCAGGUUUGAAAGUGUGGAGAGUUGGGAAGACAGUCGCGAAGGGGUUGAUAACAUCCUUACGGAAUUCACUGGAACCAGCGAGUACCCUGAAACUAGAAGUUUACCGCCUAUGAUAUUUGGCAUUGAGAUUGAUGAACAGGGUGUUCAACGAUUGAGAAGCCUUCCUGGAGUAAUUGUCAAGGUUAUGGAUGAAGAGGAUUAAUGGACUCUCUGCUACUGCCAUGUGGCUCACAUGGUUCUGAAUCGGACUAGAAACUUGCGAUGACUUUGGGAAUCAUGUUUUCCGUUUAGACUGGAAGAAUACCUGAGCACGUUCCUACAAUGUUGACGACUGAUAGCAGGUGAUAUAUGCCCAGUGCAGUAAAGUCCUCUUUAUGAUAUGCAUAUAACAAAGGAUCGUUC